AGGACCCAGACGCAGUCAGGUUCUAGAAUGGCCUGCCGCCAGUGAGCUAUCUGGUCUGGCUCUGCCACCAUGCGCUGGCGUGACAGGAUCACCGUGCUCUUCUUCCCACCGGGGGUGGUGCUGACACUGGCGGCGAUGAUGCUCUUAAUCCUGCACAUCAGCAUCUUCGCCAACGACGUGUACCACUUCUGUAUCACCCGCCAAUUCAAUCUGAUGAGCUUCCGCAGCACCGUCAUUGUCCUGUUCUCACAGGUGAUGAGCAUCUGGUGGGCCUCCCUGGGGUCACUCUUUGCAGAGCUGAUCGAGGACAAGAUUCUGAGAUGUUUUGCCCUGACCAUUCUGAUGCUCAACGCAGCCAUGUUUAUCAACCGCCUGGCCCUGGAGUUCCUAACCAUCACAUACCGGGAGGAGAAGCACUGAGCACUGGAGAGGGGCCAGGCU